UGUGGCGAGUUCUGCGAGUGGCUCGGACAUGCUGUGGACGGCUGUGACGGACGAGGUGGUUGCGGCUGAUGCCAGCUUGUCGGCGUCGGCGGCAUCGUCUCGAUCGAACUCGGAAGUUGGGGGCGGAUUUUCGUGGACGAUGUGGGACGAGAUGGCUGUUGGGAGCGUGUUUGGUGUGCCGGGACUGGAGAUGAAGUAUGAGGUUGUUCAUCUGGCGGACGAUGACCACCGCUUUGUCGAGGCCUGUCCGCUUGGCAUGGCUUCUUGCCCGCAUCACGACAGGCUCAUCGCUUCCGAAGACGCACACGGCCUAGUCGUGGUCCAUGUGGCGAGGAACAGCGUGGACGAGAAGAUCAGCGCGGGCGUGCGGAUGGUGGCACAUCGCAAUGGCGAAGCCGACGAUCGCCUUGUGGUUGGCGACUUCAGCACGGUGCUGUGCGACAUUCCCAGCGCGCCGGCUCCGGCCGAGGUGCCGGCAGCCGCCGAUAGCGGGCCUGUGGUGGCAGAGGGUGCGCCGACGCCGUACACGGUCCGGCCUGGUGGCGAACGGUGCGUGUUUCUGGACUUUGGCGGCGGGACAAUCACCGGGUCAGCGUGGAACUCGACGCAUCCGAUCAACUACGCGCCAUGGAGCAUCGACGCGCCGGACACGACGUACACGACACGGGAGAUGGAGAGAAUCAACGAAGUGGCGGAUCGGAUGGGCGAGGACUUUGCCCCGUGGAGCGUGACCAUCACCACGUCGGCGACUGGGUGCGACAGCUACUCGCAAAGCCAGAAGGCGCACAUUGUCUUUACUCCGUCGACCGAGUGGCGAUCGUCUUCCGGCGGCGGCGUGGCGUACGUCGACGUCUUCUCGCAGAGCACAGAUAGGUACGAGCCGGUGUGGGUGUUCGCAGGCAACUUGGGGACGCUGCCGACAACAUGGCGGAUGCUGCGUCACACGAGCUUGGGCACCAGCUCGGGCUCUCGCACGAUGGCAAGAGCAGCUCGACCUACUACGGUGGGCAUGGUGACUGGGGCCCGAUCAUGGGCACCGGCUAUGGGCGUUUGCUCUCGCAGUGGUCCAAGGGUGAGUACAGCGGUGCGACGCAGUCGCAGGACGAUCUGGCGAUCAUUGCCGGGCAUCUCCCGCUUCGUGCUGACGACCACGGCGGCGAUCUGGCGUCGGCCACCGACGUGGCUUCAACAGCUGCGGCGUCGGCGAACCCGGUUGUGGCCACUGGCAUUAUCACUUCGGCAACCGACGUCGACUGCUUCAAGUUUGUGCCGGACGGCGGUGUCAACAUCACAGUGGCCCCGUUCAGCCCCGGCCCUAACCUCGACGUAGCGCUGACCGUGACCGAAGACCUGCUUGGCGAGAUCGAGACGCUUGCACCGGAAGGCGCUGGUGAUGUGGUGCGCAAGUAUGCUGCGAAUGAGCUGCGGGCUGGGCGGGCCCACGUGGCGUGUGUCCGCGGCUCGGCGAACGGCGACGCGACGACUGGAUGGACGACAUACGGGUCGAUCGGACACUACACGCUCACGCUGAAGGGCGUGUUUGGCACGCCGUCGCCGACGCCAACCUUUGGCGUGGUGUCCGGCGGCAAGGUCUCGGUCACGACCGACACUUCGGUUGGAACCGAGUCGGUUGAGAUCCCGAUCGAGGUCGGGAGCGAGACAACGCUGAGCGUCACCGGAGCACUGCAGCUGACCACAGGCUGCCUGACGACCGCGAGCGCAACGGUGGCUGUCGCGCCGGCCGGUUCGAUCUCUGGCCCGUGCUUCAACCUCGAUAGCAGCUCGACGCUGCGGGUCUCCCUGGCGGCGUCGGGCGAAGGAGCACCGCUUGUCUGGUCGGGAUCCGUAGUGCUUGACGGCAGCCUCCGGCUCAUCCUCCCGACCGGCUUUAGCCUCUCGGGCAACGCGACGCAGACCGUUGUCACCUUUGCCUCACGCGGCGCGGGCUCGUUCUCUUCCAUCGAGAUCUCGUUCCCCGACGCGGUCCGGGCAGUGACAAGUGACUACGCGGUGUCAUGCGGGGCGAGCUCGUGCGUUGUCGGACACGCGUCGCAAACCAACCCGGCGCCUGGCUCCGCCACCCCGUCGUCGUCGGCGUCGCCUUCUGCUGGCGGCAUCGUCGGUAGAGUUGUUUCUGCUCUCGUUGCGGUUGGCGUUGUGGCUGUUAUGUUUUCGUGCUCGUCCGGCGUCGCAUGCGGGCCUUGGCGAGCUCGUCGAGCUCCUCAACUACCUCGACAUACUCGUACUCGUCAAUGGUUGAUGACUCUGGCGAGUCGGGCCUUUCAUCCGCGUCGGCUUCGACGUCAUCGGACUAAGUCUUACUCCUUUAUCGUGCAAGCCGCGCUCCGCGACGCUCCACAGACGUCGCAACGUCCAUCAAUCGCGGUGUAAGAGUAGUACAGUGUGUUAACGGCUGCUGUGGCCACAUGUGGGCCACAACAUAAACAGUUGGCGACGCA